UCCAAACAGGUGAUAUUUCAGAAUGAGGGGUGCUACAGUUUUUCUGGCGUUGCUGCUCUGUCUGCACGGGACGUGGGCUCAGGGGGAGAGUGGAGGGGAGACAGGGAACCAUAUCACUGAGACAGAGGAGGAAAACAGGAAGAAAGAGGUUCAGUUUGAGAUACAGGAUGCCAAAGCAACCCAUGAUCAGAGCAGCAGCCAGACCAACAUCAGCCCUGAGAUCUGGGCUGAGCUGAAGGAGCUGAGAGACAUGGCCAUCGAACAAAUGGUGGAGCUCAGGAACAGCAAGAGUAAGAUAGAGAAGCUGGAGCAAGAGAAUACAGUAUUGAAGGCCAGAAUGAGCUCAUGUGAAAAUGAGGUGAAGGAACUCAAGAGAGAGAAUGCAGAUCUUCUAGCCAGAGUAACAGCAAGUGAAAAUAAGAACACAGUAUUGGAGGCCAGAAUGAGCUCCAGUGAAAAUGAGGUGGAGGAACUCAAGAGAGAGAAUGCAGAGCGUCCAAAGGUAGCGUUCUCAGUUGGUCUUACUGAUGCGGGAGAAGUUGGACCCUUCAAUACUGAUAUUACACUUAAGUUCAUUAAAGUCUUCACCAAUAUCGGCCAGGCCUACAACCCAACUACAGGUAUCUUCACAGCCCCGGUCAAAGGCUACUACUACAUCAGAUUCAAUGGGUGGGAGGCACGGCCUUCACAGACAAUACGAAUUACACUGUAUCACAAUGACAAGAUAAUUACUACGUGUUUUGACAAUAAGGAUGUGUAUAAUCUCACUGUGUCUAAUGCAUUUGUUCUUCAACUGGAAAAGGGAGAUGUGGUCUACAUGGUUCUCAACUCAGGCUACGGUAUUUAUGAUAGUUUGCAUAAUCGUACCACUUUUAGUGGAUUUUUACUUUUUGCUGUGUGAAAUUAGCUGCAAAAAAACCCAGUCAAUUUCUUCAACUUUCAAAAUCACACUAUUAUAUAAUAAAUCUGCUAAUUA